CAGAAUGCAAAGCGCCACCAUCGUUCAUUCUACUGCGGGAAAAAUCAAACAAAUGGCGCUAAUAAAAAAGAGGUAAAUAACGUGGGUUUCAGUAGUCAUCAAAUAUUUUAGGUCAGAUGCAAGUGAAGUAAAGUAGGGAGUUGAAAUGGUGACCCCGUUUGUCGAUGGCUGGGACUUCGUCCAAACACUUGGUGAAGGCGCUUAUGGGGAAGUGAAACUCGCUUUAAACCGCAGCACUCAAGAAGCCGUUGCCGUCAAGGUCAUUAACCUGACAAAGUCAAAAGGAGCAGCAGAUAAUGUCCGUAAGGAGGUUUGUAUACACCGUAUGUUGACGAAUCCAAGGGUAAUUCAAUUUUACGGUCAAAGGAAAGAAACCAACGUUCAGUAUUUGUUCCUCGAGUAUGCGAGUGGUGGAGAACUUUUUGAUAGAAUCGAGCCGGAUGUUGGCAUGCCGCCAAAACAAGCCCAGAACUAUUUUAUACAACUCAUAACUGGUGUUGAGUACUUACAUAAGAAAGGGGUAACACAUCGAGAUCUUAAACCUGAAAAUCUUCUGUUAGAUGAAAAUGAUAACUUAAAGAUCUCGGACUUUGGUCUGGCAACUGUGUUCCGUCACCAGGGUAAGGAGCGGCUGUUGGGCAAGUGUUGCGGGACACCACCAUAUGUGGCACCCGAGGUCCUCAAGAAGAAGGAGUACCACGCUGAACCGUCUGACCUUUGGUCUUGUGGGGUUAUACUGGUAGCUAUGUUAGCUGGAGAAUUACCGUGGGAUGAACCAAGCUACGAUUGUAAGGAAUUCUGUAACUGGUUGGACAAGCGAGUUGAGUUGACUCCGUGGCGUAAGAUAGAUACUAUGAGUCUAGCACUUUUGAAAAAGAUGUUAAGCGAGGCACCAUCUAAUAGAUGUACAUUGGCACAAAUAAAGAAAGACAGAUGGUACUGCAAGACGUUCAAGAGCAAAGGUAUAUCUAGGCUGCCCUCAAGUUCACCGCCGGGAUCCUUUAAACGAGUUUGUUCCGGUACAGAUCUCUCACCUACAUCAGGUAUUAACAGGGACGACACACCAGGUAAAUACUCAAGUUCACAGCCGGUCACUUGUGCAGGGACAGGCAGCAACGGUAUCGACAGCAGCAGUGUUGAUGAUCUGCUUUAUGGCGUUAGCUUCUCCCAACCAGUUCACCUCGACGAUAUGCUACUGAGCAGUCAACUCCCGAGCACCCCAGGAAAUUCUCAGACUCCAUUCCAGAAACUUGUGAAGAGGAUGACACGUUUCUUCACAAAGUACACCAAAGAAGAGACUAUGCAAAGUUUGUUGGAGGUUCUGGAGAAACUAGGCUAUCGUGGAAAACAAACGUGUCCAGUACAAGUAACAAUUACAACUGAAGAUAAACGAAGGAAUCCAUUGAUCUUCAAAGCCACUUUGAUAGACAUGGAUAGAAAGGUGCUUGUAGAUUUUAGGCUCUCUAAGGGAGAUGGACUUGAAUUUAAGAGGAAAUUUGUGAAGAUAAAGCACAAACUCUCCAGUAUUAUAAUGAAAGGUCCAGUACAACUCCAACGAUAGCUAGUUUAAUACUUUAAAAACGUUUUUGUAUUUUGAAACCAAAUUCUAUUUAUAUGAAAGCUGCAUUCAACUUUGUCCAUAUUUAGUCUACUAGCCUUGUUAUUUAAGUCUACAAAAGUUAUAGUGUUAAAUUAGGAAUACUAAAAAGUGUUGUACACACCAUAGAAGGUUUGUCUAUUUUCACCACUUAAAAAUGGUUGUGUAAUUACUUUUGCAAGUGCACCACCAUGUCAAGGUUGCUUGGAGAAGCGUCAUGUCCUGACUGUAUUGUAAUUGCUGGAGACGAUUAAUGCAGCGAUUGCUGUUCGGGUUUCUAAACUUGUGGUUGGGAGUUCAAGCGUCAUGCUGGUUUUGUUUUGGCCGCACAAGGAUAGGCUAUCCUUGUCCAGAACCAUUGUUUAUGGGGCCUAGAACUUUGGUUAUAGGGCCAGUACACAAUAUCUAAAAAUUAAAAAAAAAAUAAAUUAAUUUUAAAAAAUGUUAUUGCACAUGUUUGAAAGGAAAAGCCAAAAAAACUCUUGUGCAUCAAAAUUUUUAAUUUUUUUCCCCAAUGCAUACUGUAGUAUAGAACUUCAUGAUCAUUCAUUUUGCUUGACAUCUAAUAUAAAUGAUUUUAAGGUAUAAAGCUUCUAUUUUAAAGACUCUAAUGCAUUGCAGUUAAGCAUGUUUGUGUUUCUAGAAUAGCGCUGUAGUUCAAGUUUAGUUAUAUCAUUUGAAUUAGUGUAAAGCAGAACUAAUCAAAGUCUAUAAUGUGAUUGUGUUGCUUUUGAAUCAUACAAUUUUCUGUUGUCUCAUGUCCCAAAUACUAAUGCUACUCUGCUCCGAUUUUAUUAUUGGUCAACAUUACUUGUGUUGAUGCCAAAGAAUAUUUUCAUUUACACUGAAUGCCACAUACAAAAAUGUUGCAGGAUGAGAUUUUCUUGCCAAUGUAUUGUAUUGUAUGUAAAUUUAGUAGAAAAUAUAUGCAUGAUUUGAUUGGACAGUGCCAAAAUUUGGUCAUACCACAUGGCAUUUGAUUGGACAGUGUACCAAAAUUACGUCCACACUCUUUGACAGAAAAUAGUUGUAAACCAAAUAUAGUCAUAAUAUGCCUAUUUAUGGUCGUGAUGUGAUGUCAUCAUGAAUAUACAGUAUUUAGGCAUGACACGUGUUUUUGUCAUAUCAAACUUGAGCCUGGACAGGGAUUUACACGCUUUCAGAUUUUUUCUCUUUCAGAUUCCGCAAUAUCUAAUCAGAUUUUAUCUGAUAGUGUAUGCUUGUUUAUAGUAAUAUCUGAUUAAACAAAUUUUAUUUGACAAGCCUAAACAUGGUCAUGAUGACAUCAUAUCAUGACCAUAUAGGCACAUCAUGACUAUAUUAUAUGUAUACACCAAUUUUUGGUCAAAUCAAAUUUGGUAGCCUUGACAGGACUUUAUGCCUCAUUGGAGUCUGAACAGACAUUUUCUGUUAAGUGUGGCAGACAAGUAUCUGUUAUUGCAUGGCUCAACUUUACUGCCACUCGAAUACAAACCUCAGGAUCAGAAAAAUUAUGUACAAAUGAAUGCUUGUUAGGGCAAUGAGAAGAAUAUUUUCAUGAGUUGGGUGGAACAGUAAAUUUUCUAAUAAACAUGUUCUCAUAAUCUUGGAAGCUCCGGUGAGGACAGUAUAACAGAGGCAGUAGAGUACUAUAUAUUAAAACAUUGAUUCCUUAGAACCAUCGCAUGGAACUGUCUUAUGGAUGGCACGGUUAAACCGACUGCAUUAUCCAUACGAUGUGUAUAAAAAGUGGUAAUGGCAGUAAUGUACUGUCCUUGCUGAAACCCACUCAGCCGUGAAAAAAGUAGUCAAUCAGUAAAAAAGCGCACAAUCAGCAAAAAAGCAAACAAUCACAGGGUAGCACUCUUCAUUGGAGCUAAAACAUUUAUUAUUUGUUUUAUGAUAGUGAUACACCUAAAAUAUAUCCUUGUUAUUUCAUAUUUUAUGAAAACAAAUA